UUGUCAUAUCUUCAAAUAAAAAAUAAUUAGUCUUGUUAGUCUAACUCGUGUGAUCACUUUUACUUGGUCUAACUCACGUUGUCAUCUCUAUUGCACCUGGAAUGGUGAAAUUGACAAUAAUUGGACGGGUGAGUGAUGGGUUGCCGCUUGCCAAAGGUCCAAGAUAUGUGCAUGAAGAAAAUGAGAUUUUCACCACUUACAAGCAACAAGGAGAGUUCAUUCUCAAAGAAAUCUCAAGAGGAGACUUGAUUUCUUCUUCCAAGAUGACCAUCCGUGUGGACCACCAUUGCUUCAGGAUAAUGGUUGCAAAUGGAGUCUGUUUCAUGGCACUGUGUGAUUCAUCCUUUCCAAGAAAGCUAGCAUUCCUUUACCUCCAAGAUUUACAGCAGGAGUUUGACAAGCUAGAUAGGAGGCUGAUGGAGAGAGCUGUAAAUCCAUAUAGCUUUCUCAGACUUGAUACCAUCAUUGGUAAUAUCAGAAGGCAAUAUGUUGAUACAAGGACACAGGCAAAUAUAUCCAGGCUGAAAACUGGAAUUGGUGAAAAAGAUCUUGAUGUCAGUGUAGAAGACUUGGCAGAAAUAGUAAACCGAAGGCGAAGGCUUGAUAUGCUGGAGACUAUGAUGGCAGCCAAUCUGAGUGAUUCUCCCAUCUGGGGGUCUAAAAAGCUCGAGACCAUUGCUCUGAAAUGGACACCGAUCACUAUACUCGUUGUCGUUGCUGUUGUUCUUCUGUGGAGCAGUUCUGUUCACAGGGAUGAGUUCCAAUGACUGGUUUUUAAGGUUGUUUUGUUGUACUGCUUCCAAUGAAAAGAUAUACAACUAGUUUAAGGUCUCAGAUUAUUACAUUUGAAUGUGUACAGAUAGAUACAGAAGAAUAGCUGCUAAUUAAUUGGACCUUUUUCUUACAAUAUUCUGAAUCUGAACAUAAUUGAUUUCGUG